AUGCCGAUUAAUAAAGCAGGUAUAUGCAGCACAGGAAAAAGGCAAUCACCAAUUGACAUUAAAAGCUCCGAGACAACUCUUGACACAAGCUUAGGAGCGUUCACACUGAAAAACUACGACAGGAAACUCAACAAAACCUUUACUGGCUCAAACAAUGGCUACUCCUUGGGAAUGUCAUUCCCUGCUGGAGUGUACAAUGUUAGUGGAGGAGGUCUGAACGAUGUUUACACCACAGUUCAGUUUCACUUUCACUAUGGACCAAACAACACAGUGGGAUCGGAGCACGUUGUGGAUGGAGAACAUUAUGCCGCUGAGUUGCACUUUGUUAGCUACAAUACUAAAUAUGCCGACCUUAUGGACGCACUCAACCAUGAAGAUGGCCUCGCUGUUCUUGGUCUCUUCAUGCAGGUCGGAGGCAAAAAUAACACAGCAUUUUCGUUUCUGGAAAGUGCCCGAAACCUUACUUCUAGCUACACUUCUAUCAGUGACGUUCCAGCUUUCAGAUUUGACACAAUGUUGCCUGCCAAUAAGACCAAGUACUUCCGUUACAGUGGUUCACUAACCACUCCCUCGUGCAAAGAGAGUGUAACUUGGACGGUUUUUAGGGACGCUGUCAACAUAUCGGAGUAUCAGAUGAACAUUCUGCGUCAACUAAGGAAGACUUACACCACGAAAAGUGUCGGAAAUUUCCGUCCCGUACAGCCACUUUACGACCGAGUCAUCAGGGCUAGUUUCCAAGUUGGCGAGAUGACAAACACCACUUCGACUACUGCCAGCACCAAUGGGGCGGAAGCUACCACUCCCACUAUAACUGACCAAAAAAGUACCUCUUCAAUCCCUUCUACUGUUCUUUCUACUACAAAUGCGGAGGAAUCACCCCCAGCUCCAACUGUUGAAUUUGACCUUGGAUCAUCUGCUGUUCGAAUGACCGGUGGCCUGGUUCUGUCGAUGUUGUUUUCUGCCCUGACAGCUUUAUUUGUGCAUUAACACGACGUCAUGUUGACACUAAUGUAGUUUCACAUCUAAUUGUCUUGUACCAGCGUCAACUCAGAAAUGACAUUCAAGACCAGCCCAACGUAAACGGGAUUACCACGUCAGUAAUUACUUGCAAAUUGGCAGGAAUCUGUAACCUGUGGUCAGGCUCGAUUUUAGUUUCACCAUAAACUUCACCUUGUUAUUAGGUGCACUUGAGCACAGGCCUCAGUAGUCCUGUUCGGAGUUUUGUCGGUAUACUCUACCUGCGCUAGCGGUUAUUUGGCUCUUAGGCCCACCAUCAUCUUUUGACAACGCGCAAACACGUAACCUUUAUUUCCACUCUGCUCUCCCACACUCAAGGUCUUCCUAGUCCCCCUUUUUUGACUUAGAUGGGUGGCUAUGCCAUCCCCCUUUCUAAACUAAACAGGAGGAUUGGGUCCCCACCCUCUGACCAACCCUGCAAGAUUGUAAUGCCAACUGGAAUGCCAACAAAAGCAUUUUAGCAAUCACCCACGUAAAAGAAUAUAAGAACGUCGCUAAAAUUCGCGGAAUUACAGGUUACAGGUUCUUAAGUCCAACGAAUUGCAAAAACAACAACAAAAAAAUGCAUGUUUGGCUACUAUUCGACCAAUCAGAAGCAAAGUAAGAUUAACAGGCUUUGGUGUAUGCGUUUUACCGCGCAUGAUGGAGGCUGAAAUUAAGGUUUAUUGCGAGUUCUGGUGGCUUUUUAGUUCAUUCAUGCGUUUAGUGAAGGUUGAGGAAAAAAAAGCCGCAUACGACAAAAAAAUGUAAAACAAAAUGAAAAGAGAAACAAGAAGGCAAACAUAAAACAAAUGAUUAGUAUUUGCAUAAGCAUCGUAAUUUUAUGUAUGAUUGUGUUAAGGUAAAGAAAUAAAGAAGCUUAAGAGAUAUUUUAA